UUCUUAAAUAAUAACAUUACAUUAGGUAGAUAAACAAGUAGGCUAUUUUUUAAAUUUAUAUUGUUACUUUGGAAUAUUUAAAUUCAUGUUGUUUAUAUGAUUCAAUUUUUAAUAAGCUAAAUUUUGUUAGUCAAUUAAUAUAACAUUUUUAGAAUUUUUUUUUUUAUUAAUUAAUUAAAAUGACUGAAUGUGUCAGUACGGUAUUAGCUCGUUUCAAAUCUGAAAUGGGUGAAUCAAUUGGUGAUAUGAUGGAUUUACCUCGAAACAUUACAGUAAACAAUUUACAGUUAAUUUGUAACUCUCUCCUCAAACAAGAUGAAACUGUGCCUUACGCUUUUUUUGUCAAUGAUAAAGAAAUUGUCAAAGAUUUAGAUGAAUGUUUAGAUAAUAUUAAAAUAAGUAGUGAACAAGUUAUAGAUAUUAUUUACCAACAACAAGCAGUUUUCAAAGUGCGUCCAAUUACUAGAUGUACAAGUUCUCUACCUGGGCAUGCUGAAGCAGUGAUUUCAGUUCAGUUUAGUCCUGAUAGUCGUAAAUUGGCUAGUGGAUCAGGUGAUACAACAGUAAGAUUUUGGGAUCUUAAUAUGCAAACUCCUCUAUAUACUUGUGAAGGUCAUAAAAAUUGGGUUUUAUGUAUAGCAUGGUCACCUAAUAGCAAAUACCUUGUAUCUGGCUGUAAAAAUGGAUUAAUAUUAUCUUGGGAUGUUGAAACAGGAAAAAAAUUAGGACCUCCAAUGACAGGACACAAACAAUGGAUUACUGCAUUGUGUUGGGCUCCGUAUCAUUUAUCGCCAGAUUGCAGAUUAUUUGCAAGUAGUAGUAAAGAUGGAGAUAUUCGAAUUUGGGAUGUUAUUCUAGGACAAUGUCAAAGAUCACUAACUAGUCAUACUCGAAGUAUAACUUGUUUAAAGUGGGGAGGAACAGGAUUAUUAUACAGUGGAUCACAAGAUCGAACAAUUAAAGUUUGGAGAGCUAAUGAUGGUGUGUUAUGUCGAACAUUAGAAGGGCAUGGUCAUUGGGUAAAUACUUUGGCACUCAGUACAGAUUAUGUUAUGAGAACUGCAUUGGUGCCUCAACCUCCAUUUAGUAAUACGCUAAAUGAAAAUAAUAUUUUAAAUGAAUCUAAGAAAAGGUAUGAUAAUGUAGUUGCAAAUAUUGGUGAAAGACUAAUUUCAGGGUCUGAUGAUUUUACGUUAUUUAUGUGGGCUCCUGAAUCUAAGAAAACACCUAUUGAGAGAAUGACUGGUCAUCAACAAUUGAUAAAUUGUGUGCAAUUUUCACCUGAUUCAAGAUAUGUAGCAUCUGCUUCAUUUGAUAAAUCAAUUAGGUUAUGGGAUGGCAAAACUGGAAAGUUUAUUGGAACAAUGAGAGGACAUGUACAAGCUGUUUACAUGAUAUGUUGGUCUGCUGAUUCAAGGCUAUUAGUUAGUGGUAGUGCUGAUUCUACACUAAAAGUGUGGGAUGUCAAAAAUAAAAAAUUAGAAGGUGAUCUUCCAGGUCAUGCAGAUGAAGUAUUCGCAGUUGAUUGGUCUCCAGAUGGUCAUAAAGUAGCAUCUGGAGGGAAAGACAAAGUACUAAGAUUGUGGACCCAUUAAUGAAAUUGUUUGAAUUAAUCUAAUGUAAAAUAAAUACAUUUAAUUUAACUUUUUA